ACCAUCACGCUGAUGUGAAAUCAGUCACUGGGUUUAUUACAGACUUGAUACGGAACUUCACAGUCACUUUCGCAGUGAGCAAAACGGCAGCAGCAAUGAGAGAACAACAUUUCAAGGAUAAUUUCUGGAACACCGAUAUCACCUGUACAGCUGGAUAUGACACCAUAAUCCAACACUUGAAUGAUGGGAAAAGGACCUGUAAGGAAAUCGAAGACUUCAUGAAAGCCAGAGCUGCCAUAGAAGAAAAGUAUGCCAAGGAGCUGCUGGGGUUGUCAAAAAAAGUGUGUGGACACAGUGAAAUGAACACCUUGAAACGAUCCCUUGAUGUUUUCAAAUUACAAACAGAAAACAUAAGUUUGUCUCAUCUGCAUUUGGCCCAAACUAUGAGGGAGGAAGCCAAAAAAUUAGAAGACUUCAGAGAGAAACAGAAAGAGGCUCGGAAGAAGGUAGAACAGCAAAUGGAUGCUCUUCAUAAACAGAAAGGAGCUCAAUAUAAGAAAACAGCUGAGGCAAAGAAGAGCUACGAGCAAAAAUGUAGAGACAAAGAGGAAACAGAACAGAACAUGAACAGAAGUGCCACCACUAGCAGUGCCAAGCAGCAAGAAAAGCUGUACGCCAAAACACAACAGGCCAAGCAGGCGGCAGAGGAAGCCGACCGGAUAUACAGUCAGAAUGUGUCUGUUUUGGGGAAGAUACGAGAGGAGUGGUUGAAUGAGCAUGUUAAAGCCUGUGAGUUUUUCGAGAAACAGGAAGUGGAGAGGAUUAACACUUUGAGGAAUAUAGUGUGGACUCAUCUCAAUCAUCUCUCCCAGCAGUGUGUCUCCAGUGAUGAGCUCUACGAGGAAGUGAGGAAGUCACUGGAGCAGUGUAACAUUCAAGAAGACAUUGAGCAUUUUGUCAACCUCAGAAGGACGGGAGACAAACCACCAGCACCCAUUCCAUAUGAGAACUUCUACAACAAUCAGAGAUCUGGUGUCGUUCGCUCACUUCCACCGCCCAGGAGAGCAGCAGCACCUCCACCGCCAGCUGCAGGAAAUGAUCCUCUAUACUCGACUGUAGCAGAACCAGGUCUUCUAGAGCCUUUCUGCUGCUCUGUAGGAUUACGUCAAGCAUCUGUGAGGUUUUUCAUCAAGCACAUUGGUUAUCUUCUAAUGCUGCUGCCAGCUUCCUAAAAUCAUAUGGUGAGAAUAUAUUGUAGCCUGGUAAAAAAAAGGUGAACUUUUCCACAAAAACAUUUUUAACUUGCUUACCUGAAAUCCACUCUUAACGAACUGUUGCAUAGAAGUUGUCACUACAUCGAUCACAUCAUCAAAACAACAUUGUAUAAAUCUGUGUACUUUAAUGACUGUAAAAAAGAUCGACUUAUAAAUAAAUUAAAGGGCACCUAUGAUGAAAAUCAUCUUUUGUAGGCUGUUUGGACAGAACUAUGUGUAGGUAUAGUGUGUUCACAGUCAUAUUGGGGUGAUAUAAAGACAGUAAGUCUCUUUUUUAAUUUCCUGAUGUUAAAACAUGACCCAAAUCUCUCCAAUUUUGAGGCUCACCACAACGUGACGUAGGAGCUCGCUUUUCCCACCCACUGAAUUGAUUGACAGCUGCAUAUUAACAUGUCUCCGUAGUAACACGUAUAAUCAUAUCAACAAGACAGCACGUGCACAAAGCAACUAGGAUUAAAAGAUCUGUUCAGCUCUCUGUGAUCAUCAACAAAUGUGAUCAAGAAUGAGUUUUACAAGUUUAAAAUGUUUUUACACUGCAUGUUUGUAAUAAAGACAGUAAAAUCGCUUUGUAAUUCAGUACAAUUAUAAAAGAAGAUGCUUCAGUCUCGGUUUGUGGACGUUAAAUCACGUUUAUUUUGUACAUUGACAUAACGGAUAUCCAUACAGCAGUGGAUUUCAAUGUGUAUCCCAUCACAUUUGCGGUUUAAAAACACUGCAAGGCUAAAUGUAUGUGUAUGCGUGUGCACGCGUGCGAGCGAUCUUUAUAAUGACAUUGUGUGUGACUCAUCAUUGCAGAAAGUCUUGAAUUAACUUCACAUCAAAUAUAACAAAUAACCAUUGAUAAAGUUCUUACUGUAGUAAGGGAGAUCAGCUUCAUUCUUGUCUGUCACUGUACUGUACAUCUACGUGAAGGCUAUGGCUCUGACAGGCAUGUGGGAACGGUGGGCGGGGAGAACCAGCUCGUUCACAUUAAAGGCACAGGCAACAAAAAUAGCUACAAUGUUAUAACAGCUCAAAUUUUCCAGAUUUAAAAAGGUUUAAUAAAUAAUCGGAUGGGUAUUUUAAGCUGAAAUGUUACAGACACAUACUGGAGACACAAAAGAUUUAUAUUAAAUCUUGAAAAUGGUUCAAAUAGGUGCCCUUUAAGAAAUUUAUAGUUGAAGUUAAUGAUUUUGAAGCACUAGUUGCAUCGAAUGGAAUUGCAGUGUUUUUUGAGCUUCUUGAUUGGGCUCGGCCAAUGGUGUGAGUUUGGACGUGGGGCUACCAUUUGGGCCAACUAAGCAGAUGAUGAGGACUAUUUUUAAUUUCAGUUUGGUGCAGCUAGUGUUGUGUAAAUGAAACAUUUCACUUUACAAAAAACUUUAAAGGUCCCAAAAAUAAUUUAUUUGUAGUGUAAAAUUCUAGAUACUGUCAGUACAGAGUACCCCUGGAUACAUUGCUUCAAUAAAUGUAUAUAUUACUUCA